AUGUUUUGGACACCACUACAUGGCAUCAGUGUUAUACAAAUAUUGAUGAGAGGAAAAAAAUUAGGAAAACAGGAAGUAAUUGAGCAAUUUAAAUUGUAUCUAAAAUCAGGAAUAUUUGGGCUGACCGUGGGAAGUUCAUUUGUUACAUUAAACUGCAUUUUCAGGGCAUUGCUCUUCAGCAAGUUUUCCUACUACACAACCGUGCUUCUGCCAUGUACAGUGAGUGGGCUUGCCGUGUACUUCGAGCCACCGUACCGGAGAGUUAUGGUUGUCAAUCUAUUCGUCAAUUUGGUCUUUGAAUAUUGGUUAAGGACGUUGGAAAUGAAAGGAUGGCUCCGGCGUUCACCAGGCAAGGAGACUCUUAUUUUCAUGUUGGGCAAUGCUGUCUUUUUCUAUCUGAUGAGGCGCGAUAGAGAGAACAGUAAACGAACGCCACUCUUUUGGUUCUUCACACCGCCGCGCGUUUCUAAGGAAGUUGGGAAGCCAGUGAUGGGGAUACACGGCAGAAGUGACGCGUGUCCCCACAAAGGGACCUGCAUCAAUUACGUACUGAAAGGCACGGCACAGCUCUUCGGCGUGGGCUGCGCAAUGUCGAUGCUCCGCACAAUAAUACCUCGGAUUUUGACGCCCGCAAAAGCGCUUCGCUCCUUGAGGCUGUCCCAUUUGAAGCUGGGCCUGUUCUUCGGCGGUUACAUCGGCAUAUACAGGCUCGUGGUUUGCCUACUGUGCCGGAAUUAUGGGAAAGAUAGCGCGCUAUAUGCUGUGCCCGCUGGUUUCCUCGCCGGGGCGGCGCUCAGGGCAUCACCGUCCACGCCAAUCGCCUUGGCCCCUCUGACGUCCUCGUUACAGAUUUUGGGCUCGUGGGGCUACCAGAAGGGCAUGAUACCAGAGAACUGGCCCUUGGUGGAGAUCCUGUAUUGCCUCUGCCAGGGUCUGCUGUUCCACGCCCGGGUUAUGCACGAGGAUGUCUGCCCGCGCUACAUCAUCAACCUGAUGCACACCGUCACCAGUUCUAAAGCUGAUGAGAUCCAAGCUGCCUUCAUACAGCGGAUGCUGCGAACAAUA